UCAAAACAAACAGGUGCUACAAGAGAAGUUAGUCGAACUGAAAAUUUAAUCGAGAAAUGUAACAAAUUAACAGAAUAAAGCAAACAUGUCAGAAAGUGUGACAGACAGUGGACAUGACACAACGUCCCUCACUGAAUCAAGCUUAUCCGGAGGACUUAUUCCUCCACUGACUAGUUCCAACAAAAUAGCUGAAAAAAGCAAUCCAUUCCAGACAGAUGGUGAUAUUCUGCCACAGUUGCCCUCACACAAGUUCCGCUACUCUGUAUGGCAUGACCUGCGGGAAACAUGUCUAAGAGGAGAUCAGCUACAUGCUCCUCGGGUCAGGGCAGGUCCCCCCGAGAAGGAGAAAAUGUUUUUCAAGAUAGAGCAAGAGGGCAUUCCUAUCCACCAUAACUAUGCAGGGAAAGAGCGUCUUCACCAUAGCAACCAGCAAGAGAACUGGGAGAGGGCCAGGGUUGUGAACCUAAGCUACCAGGAGUUGCAGGAUGACUACCAGCGUCGAAACAUGUUACGAAUCCUUUCUAGAUGUGUGAUGGCGCAUACAAUCAACCUUUCUCAGAAUACACUAUACUACCUCGGCAAGAUGACAUUUCCAAGUUGCCUCCAUAUCAACAUCAAUGAUAAUUACUUGAAAAGUUUCCUGGGUUUCCCAACUCUUCCAAAAGUAGAGAGCAUCACUGCGAAGAACAACGCAAUCUCAGACAUCCGUGGACUACAUCGACUCCAAGGGACCCCACUUCAAGAGCUGGACCUCAGAGGAAACCCUUUAGCCUUCAAUAUGGGAUACAGGAACAUGGUGUUUCAUGCCUUGCCAAACCUACGUGUGUUGGAUGGAAUUCCCAGGAUGCCGUCUGACGAGGUUGCCGUUGAUUACGUGGAGGAUAAGGAGGGAAAAUGUAACAUUCUCUAGAGGCAACAAGUCAUCGAAAUUGGAUUGUAUUGUCACCAGGCCUUAAUAUUAACACUAGUACUCAUUCUAGGCCAGUAUACUUAAAAUAUAUCAAGUUUCCAAAUUUAAGUUGAGUUUUCAAAUUGUCAUAGUCAAAUUAAAAGAAAAGUACAAGUGUUUUCAUCAUAAAAUGAUGCAUUUAUAAUAUAAUCAAUGAAAAUGAAGUAUUUUAGAAAUUAUUAUAAUGUUAUUAUAUCAUACGGCCAGCAAGAUACAUAAAUAAGGAAAGUGACUUGAAUUAUGAAAUGUUUAAUGAAAACCGGCCGAGCUAUGCAAAUCUAUGAUUGUGAGCAAACCAGGCUUGUAAUUCCUACCAUGGUUAACCAUGAUUGUCGUGUACUAUAAGAUAUGCAAAUAGCACGUGUUUCAUGCUUAAAUACAUUAUGGAAUAUGUUUAUUAUUAUAACCGCUGAAUGUUACUGAACUGCUGUCUCGUGUGAUGUGGUCUUUAUGCAAGAACUCUACUAAUCUCCCGACUAACAUGUAUUACUGAUCUUGUAUCAAGGCUUCAAUUUGAAAUUAUGCCUAUUUAGAAGUACUAACAACGAAGGUUAUUUAGCAUUUGGCUAUUCAAAUGAGUAUAUCAGUGGGUAUAAUACGGGAGUAUCUUAUUGUUUAGUGGUAAUUUCACCUUUUACUAAAAUAUUGACAAUUUCAUAAACUGUUUUAUUCUCAUCGCAGAAAUAGAAGAUAAUUGUUUGUUUCAGUGUAAGAUAGCAAUAUAUUUCACUGAGUGAGCACUAAAAGCUAUAUUUAAAGAGAGGCAUAGCUUCACGAGAAAAUAUUUAUUUUUAAUGUUCAUUAGGUGAAGUAUGUUUGUUGCACUGAAACAUUUUUUUUUUCUGUUCCCUCAUGGAAACCGUAUAAUAAAGAUUAAGAACUUUCAACUUCAAAUACAGAAACUGAAGGUUUUUUUUCCAACGAUGGAAUAAUAAUUAAGAAAUUGAAAAAUGACCACUUAGUAUAAGUAUUGGAAAUAUUAAUAAGUUGCUUCUGUUAUUUUGCCCUUGAACUGACACAAAGUUCAUCAUGUUUUUGUUUGGAUUGGCUUUGUCCAAUUUUAUACACAAUAAUUUUAAACAUGAUGUUUAUUUAAAAGUGUGAUAUAUUUUUAUAUGCCUGUCUUGCAAGAGGCACUAUGUUCUAAAGGGGGCUGGAUCCCACAUUGUAUAUUGUUAAAGCAUUUAUUUCAUGCAUUUUUGUUGUUAUAUCUUUCUCAUGUUUGUAUAAUGUCAAGUUUUCAUAAACCAUUUGGUAUCAGUUAGCCUUGUAAACUAAGUAAUAGUUAUUUACAUUGAUAUUUUUUUUAAUUUUAAUAUCAAUAUUUGAGUUACCAGUUAUAUCUUAUUGCUGGAUACAGAAGCACAACCAAUUUCAUUUUUAAACUAUCUAUUGCAUUGUGUGUAAGAUAAUUGGUCAUGCAUAUGAAAUUAAUGUUAAAUAUUGACAACCAGCGAAAUUAUCUUUCUUUUACGAUUAUUCUUCAAGCCUGCUUGCAUUUAUUUUCUACACCUACAAACUGCUUUUCUGUCGAGUUUUGAUAUAUGAGAGUCAUGGUUUUCUUUAUCUACAUGUAGCUUAAACCCUGUUUCUUUAACACUUUAAACUUUAAACACAAAACUUGUAUAGGUACUCUCAGACAUAUUUGAUUGUUUUCAAUGAUUUUCGUACACCUUGUAUUACUGGGCAGAUACUUAUUUGGACAUUAUUCUGUAAAUCCAAGCCUAACCUUGAGGCUAAAGUUAUCCAAUUUUCAAUACCAUAGUUUUUCUAAUGCUUUUUAGCAAAAAACAACAACUUUUUCUGUCACAUUUAUGAAUUAAUAUAAGCAAAUUGAAGAUGAUGUUUUAGCAUUGUAACAAGUGUUAAGUUCAUAUUUCACACCAAAUCAACUUUUUUGAUGACUGCUCGAAUGAAAAAUGAACAAGUACCUUUAAAUCUUAUUUAUCAUCAAGUUGGUGAGUUUGAUUCACCUUUUCCGGCUGAAAGUAAUUUGUACAAAGUAACAAUAAACACAAUUUAUAUAGACAUUUUCUCUGUAUUUAGAUUUUUUUUUAUUCCCUAUUAUUUGUGUUUUAUUACAAAACUUUUCCUGAUUUUGUUUUAUCUGGACAUUAAUAAGAUAAUGAUGAACUAUAUGUACAAGUAGGAUUUAAUAUGUUUCUCAGUUAUUUUUAUUCUGUCUUAAUCACGGGCUGUACAGUAGUCGUAAUUAGCACAAGCCCGCAAGCCCUGCAUUGGUAAAAUGUCUUCCGGGCUUGCUCAAAUUCUGAAUUUUAUAUAGCAGGGCUUGUUCAAAAAUAUGAUUCCAUGCAAUAGUACAAAAAUUCGGGCUUGUUCUUCCGAAAGUCUAAUUUCAAUGACUGGCUGUAUCCAUAAAGCUUUAGAGUAAAUAUUUUCAACUUAGUGAACAUUUUUACAUUGGUGAACAUUUAAUGAACAUUUUAAACAUUACAGUGAAAGUUUUCUAGUUUUUAACACCAGAUCCAUUUUAUCAUGAAAUUUAUUCAUAUUCAUUUAUUAUUGUUGACCUUUCUCUAGCUUUUUUUUUAUAUUUUUGGUGUAGAAACAUUGUAAGUUUUCUUUAAAUUCAACAAUACCAAGUUGAAAAAUAUUCUCCAAGAUGCAUUUUGAAUACCAGCAUUGUACGACUAACAAUUUUGUAAGAUGCCUUAAAAUAAACUGCACAAACAGA